GUUCAGCGCAAAUUUCAAUUCGCCUCGACACGCGCUUUAAAUUUUCAUUUAUAAGGUCGUGCGCAUAUGAGAGGAUCCCUUUACUUCCCAUCUCUAUUCUUGUGAACCUUGGAAGUAAUAUCUUCUCUAUUGUCGCAAUGUUCAAGUCUUCCCUGCAGCGGCAUGCCCGCGUAGGCAAUUUAGCCCGUCGCCAACUCUCGAGCUUGGCCCCGCGACAGCUUCUCUCUCGACCCCUCGCAGCAGUAUCAUGCCGGACAUUGUCGCAGGUUCAACCCCAAUUACCUUCCUUCAGACAAGUCGCCAUUCGACUAUAUUCUCAAGAAGCCACAGCACAUCACAAUGCAGACGGUGACUCGCCAGCUGGGAUUUACGAUGUGACCCGGUUUGAAGACCUAGCAAAGCUAGGCGUCAAUGAACGAAUUAUACGAGCCAUUACCCAAGACAUGAAAUAUGACACCAUGACUGAUGUCCAGUCUAUGACUAUCAACCCGGCACUCAAGGGUGUUGAUUUAGUUGCGCAAGCGAAGACUGGAACCGGCAAGACCCUAGGCUUUCUCAUCCCUCUUUUCCAGCGUAUCCUGCAAGCUGAACCUAGCCUUGCUCAGCCAUCUGCCCGUCGACAUGCUACCACGGAGGAUAUCCGUGGCAUCAUUAUGUCCCCAACGCGUGAACUUGCAGAGCAAAUCGGUGUUGAGGCACAAAAGCUAGCUGAACACACUGGGAUCGUUAUUCAAACGGCCGUGGGCGGAACGAGGAAGAGAGAAGCUCUUUGGAAGAUGCGCCGAGAGGGUUGCCACGUUCUUGUCGCCACCCCAGGUAGACUUCAGGAUAUUCUCACAGACCCAGACUCUGGCGUGAAGGCGCCAAAAGUACAAUGUGUAGUAUUGGAUGAAGCCGAUCGUAUGCUAGACGUUGGCUUCGCCGAUGACAUUCGCAAUCUUAUAGAUCUCCUCCCACCCAUUCGCGAGGUCGACCGCCAAACUCUCCUGUUUUCUGCCACCAUUCCCCGAGACGUCGUUCAUCUAGCCAAGAGCAUGGUCAAGACAGACAAUUUCGAGUUCGUGCAAACAAUCAGCCCUGAUGAAACGCCAACUCAUGAACGUGUCCCGCAACACCUUGUGCAGGUGAACGGUUACGAGAAUUGGUACCCAACCGUCAUGGAAAUUGCCGAUCGAGCGCAGCAGAGGGCUAGAGAGGAUCCCGACGCCCUCCCAUUCAAGGCAAUCCUGUUCUUCUCGAACACAUCCACCGUCGCGUUUACAAACCGAGUUCUCAGGGGAACUUCUUUAGCUUCGAGAGCAGGCGGUCCCGGAAUUUACGAUAUUCAUUCAAAGCUAACUCAGGCCCAACGUACAAGGAACGCCGAUGCCUUCCGAGCUGCUAAAACAGGUAUUCUAGUUUCGUCGGAUGUCACCGCAAGAGGAAUGGAUUUUCCCAAUGUGUCGCACGUUAUCCAGGUCGGUCUACCCCCAGACAGAGACCAAUAUAUCCACCGAGUCGGGCGAACGGGUCGUGCUGGAAAGUCUGGUGAAGGAUGGCUUAUUUUGGCCAAGGAAGAAAUUCAAGAAGCGCGGAAUCGCCUUCCUGGCCUGCCCAUUAAACCCAAUAAGGAUCUUGUGGCUCCACAGCACGUAGUAGGAUCAGGUGAUCCACCGGCACAAGUUGCGAAAUUCUUUGAGGAAGUCUCUCGAGCUUAUCAGAAACUUCCAAAGCAACCGUUCAGGGAUACAUACAACUCUUUCCUCGGCUCGAAAAUGGGAAGAUAUUUGCUGCCUGAAGACGUCAUCAACUUACUCAAUCAAUGGUGUAUGAAUGGCAUGGGCUGGGAUCAACAACCUGCCAUAUCGUCAAAAGCGGCGUACAAUCGCGGACUGGCGAAUAUUCCUGGAGUCAGAAUCGGACAUGAUGAGCCUGACGAGGACGAAUUCGGCGGAUCUUAUGGUUCAGGUGGCUUCGGCGGACGAUCGGGUGGCUUCGGCGGACGAUCAGGCGGCUUCGGCGGACGAUCAGGCGGCUUCGGUGGUCGAUCAGGCGGCUCCGGCGGUCGAUCAGGCGGAUUCGGUCAAGGUAGCCGGUCAGGCGGUUUCGGUCAGGGUAGCCGAUCAGGCGGUUUCGGUCAGGGUAGCCGAUCAGGCGGCUUUGGUGGUGGUGGUCGCGGUGGGGGUGGUGGCCGAGGAGGCGGUGGCUUUGGCCAAAGCCGUGACUCAUACGGCAGCCGUAACGGUUCGCGCAACUCGUCAUUCUAAGCGUACCGUGGCUCCUCUCCGUGUUGAAAAAGGGCCCCAAUCCCCUAGAUUCGACAUCUUGUGUUAAUUCCUAAUGUACCAUCUUCGGAAGCAUCCUUCAGCUUCCUCGUUGUAUAUGUGCCGGGUUCCCGGACUCACGUGCGUCACUCGGCACACGUACCAUACCGAAAGGAAUAGAUGACACGCAAGAACAUAGAAGUUGGUAGCGCGUUCGUCAUCGACUAGUUCUCGCAUUCGCGAGAGCUCCAUCCCCACACCAUCGGCGUCAAGGUUUCUCGUUGCUUUGGUUUUUCACGAAACGAUACAAGGCGUCGGCGGAAUCUUAUCUCGGAGGGCUGAGGUGAAUGAAAGGGGGCCUCAACGACCAAAAGGAAAUCUCGACUUUUAUGUAUUAUACUGUAAGGGGGGUCGUUAACGCGCAAUGCGAAAAGAAAUUAGAAACGAUGUGUUUAAUGACUUCUAAGAAAUUGGAUGGGU